AUGGAGGGAAAAGACUGGGAAGCUUCCUUUUCGAGCGAAGACGAAGCUGAUUAUGCAGUCGAUGAUGACGAAGAAUUUCAUCUUACUGGUUCAGGACCCAAGUUACAAUUCAGAGUCGGAUCUUCCAAGGCUCGUUGGGUUACCGAAUUAGGAAUGGCUCAAGUUGAGGUUAAAAGAGGGAAACUUUGGACAACAACUGGAAUCGUCCGUAGCGGAAAGACUUUUUGCUUCAUAGAAGAGGCUCUGUAUUUGAGUGAAAUAGGAGAGUUGCAGAUCAUGGGUAGUGAAGAUGAUGACGUAGUGAUCCCAUUGAAGGACUUGCAUGGAGUUCCUUGGACGUCAAAGGAUGCUGCCGCAAUUUCGACACCAAGUGGUGAACAAGAGUCGGUUUGUGCCGGUGAAUGUACUGAAGCCAAGGACGAUGUUACUAAACUCUUGGGAGAUAUGCAGCUAUGUGAUGCAAGAGCUGUGUUUGACGUGUAUUUGCCAAACAGCAGGUUCAAGAAGUCUUGUCCUGGUGAACCGAGCUUUGUGGCUUGCUUCUCGGGGGACUCUCCACCAAGCAAAGAAGAUAUUAAAGCUCUGCAAAGCCGCGUAACUGCACCGUUAAUGUUCUGUCACAUCGCUCAGGGACGUGUCAGUUUCUUUUCCUUCAGUUCCAUAGACCUCCCUGUCUUACCAUAA